UUAUUGGUCUUUAAGCUAUGUGCCAGUCAGGCCUAACUAUUCCCAUGAACUAAGCGAAUCGCAGGAUGCUUCUGCUACCCAUCCUACUGUUAUAUGCCGCCUGGACAGCGCUUGUGCGAGCGGAUAGCUGUCCACCCUCGGAGGCCAUUCUGCCCUGUCGCUGUUCACUGCGCGGCAAGGAGAUACAAAUAUGGUGCUCGCACAGCAAUUUGCCGCAGAUUAUGGAUGGCCUGAAGGCCGUGGAGCGCAACAUAAAGACGCAAAUUGAUGAGCUGGUGCUGGAGAACAAUCAGCUGCCGGCGCUGCCGGGUCGCUUCUUUGGCAAUCUGCAGAUUGUGCGCCUGAUGCUGCGCUACAAUAGCAUCGAGCGUGUCUCCAACGGCUGGCUGAAUGAGCUGGAGAACAGCCUGGUGGAGAUAUUCAUUGUGGAGCCGCAGCUGCGCAGCAUACCCACGGAGAGCCUGAAUGGCAUGAUCAAUAUGCUGGCCAUAACCAUACAGAGCGAUGAGCUGAAGCAUCUGCCCGACUUCUCCGGCCUGCUCAGCCUGACCUAUUUGAGUGUGCAGAGUGCUUCCUUGACCGAACUGCAGCCGCUCAGCUUCCGGCAUCUGCCCAAAUUGCAGCACAUACACAUCACGGGCGGCACGGGUCUGACACGCCUGGAGGCGGGCCUAUUCGACGGCUUGAUCUCGCUUAAGAGUCUGGAUCUGAGUCGGAACGGACUCAACUGGAUACAUUUGCGUGCCCUGGCCCGGCUGCCCAAUUUGGUUAGCCUCAAGCUGUCCCAUAACCAGAUCACCGAUGUGGGCAUGAUUGGACGCAUUAUCAAGGACUUGGAGCAUCUGAAGAAACUGCGACUCGAUCAUAACAUUAUCAAUGUCAUUGAGGACGGCUCCUUUGUGGACCUGCCGAAUCUAUCGGAGCUACAUCUCAAUGACAAUCGCAUCACGGAGCUGCAGUACGGCGCCUUUUUGCGCACACCCCAAUUGAAGACCAUCCAUCUGCACAACAAUCUCAUACGUCGCAUACAUCCGGAAUCCCUCCUGCAGGCCUCCGGCAGCGGCGUGGAGGCCGUGCACAUCUACAACAAUGAGAUCGCCCAUGUGGAGGCGCUGCGGGCACUGUUAGAUGCCCUGCCCUCGCUCCGUUUCCUCGAUAUGAGCGGCAAUCUGUUGAGUGAGCUGCCGUAUGGCGCUUUGCGGGGCCAUGGCACACUGGAGCAACUGCAUCUGAAUAACAAUCAGCUGCGCCUGAUCGAACGCGAUGCCCUGAUGGCCAUGCCCGCGCUUCGGGAGCUCCGUGUGCGCAACAACAGCCUCAGUUCGGAUUUGCCUUUGCCCUUUUGGAAUCUGCCUGGGCUGAAGGGCUUGGAUCUUGCCCAGAAUCAGUUUGUGCGCGUGGACUCACAGCUGCUGGCGGGCUUGCCUUCCCUACGGCGUCUGGAUCUCAGCGAGAAUGGCCUAACCGAUCUGGCUGCCAACACCUUCAGACAUAACAGUCUCUUGGAGACGCUCAACAUAUCCUCCAACGAGCUGAGCCACAUACAUCCGGGCACAUUCAUGCACUUGGAACGUCUCUUCGAAGUGGAUGCUAGUUUUAAUCAAUUGGCUGCCAUCAUUCCGGGCCUGCCACAAAUUGUGGAGCGCAUCUCGUUGCGUGGCAAUCGGAUUACCGCUCUGCCCGCUGCGGGCAGCAAGUCCCUGCAGUUGCCCAAUCUGCGCAUGCUGGAUCUCAGCCAGAAUCAUAUCGAGCAGCUGGCUCGCCAUGGCUUUCAGGCGGCGCCCCAGCUGCGCGUGUUGAGUCUGGCGCAGAAUCAGCUCCGUCUGCUGGAGGACACCUCAUUCAUAGGCAUACAGCGGCUGGAGCUGCUGCAUUUGCAGGACAAUCAGCUAGGCCAGGCGGACGAGCGCGCCUUGCUGCCGCUCGCGGAGCUACGCAAUCUAAAUCUACAGUCGAACAAGCUGGAGUCCAUAACGGACAAUUUCUUUUCCAACAACAGCCGGCUGGAGCAACUGGAUCUGUCCCGCAAUCUCAUACGCAGCAUUUCACCCACCGCCUUUGAUAAUCAACGCUCGCUGGAGUACUUGGAUCUCUCCGGCAAUGCGCUGCUGGACAUUUCGGUGGGUCUGGGCAAUCUGCACAGUCUGCGGGAUGUUGAUCUCAGCUACAAUCAGAUCUCCCGUGUGCACUCCGAUGUGAUCAAUGCCUGGCGCAAUGUGGUAGAGAUUCGCCUAUCUAACAAUCUCAUUGUAGAGCUGCAGCAGGGCACCUUUAGAAACUUACCCAAGUUGCAGUAUUUGGAUCUGAGCAGCAAUGAGAUUGGCAGCGUGCAGCCGGGCGCACUCAAGGGUCUGCCAGAGCUGCAGGAAUUCGUGCUGGCCGAUAAUAAGCUGGUGGAGCUCAAGGAUCACGUUUUCGAGGAGCUACCCUCUUUGCUGGCCUCGCAUUUUCAAUACAACAAACUGCGCUUCAUCUCGCCAGAGAGUUUCCAUCAUGCCAAUUCGUUGGUCUUUCUGAACUUGUCCAACAAUCACUUCCGCACCAUGGAGAACAUCGGACUGCGCAGCAUGCGCAACCUGGAGGUAUUGGAUCUGUCCACCAAUGCCGUUAAACUGGUAUCCACCAUGCCACUCAAGGCGCUCAACUGGCUGGUCGAGCUGAAGAUGGAUAACAAUCAAAUAUGCAGAAUUCAGGGUUCCCCUUUCGAGACCAUGCCCAGACUGCGCGUAUUAUCUAUGCGCAAUAACCAACUGAGAACCAUCAAGGAGCGCACCUUUCGGAAUUUGAGGGGCAACAUUGCCAUACUCGAUGUGGAUGGUAAUCCCAUUGAUUGCAAUUGUGAGAUGCAGUGGCUCUCCGUCUGGCUGCAGGAGACCAAUUUUCCCUACCCCGGACCGAAGUGCAAGGAUGGUCGUCUCCUGCGCGCUGCUCGGAUGGAGCGCAGCCUCUGCGUCGGCAUGGAGCUUUUCAAUGGAGGCGAUAAUAACGAACGCACCGAUGGCAAUCAGCUGCCGCUGCUGAACGAGCACGGCGAUGUCUUCCAGCGCGAUCUGCCCGAUGAUUUCAGCGAUGAGUGCGAGGUGAAUGGCGAACGGCCGAUGGUGGGCGAUAGCGAAUACUUUUACGAGCAGUAUGUGGACUCCACGGAUGUGCCGGAUGCCACCAAUGCGGUGGGCAGCAGCUCGCAGCGUCCCAAGCCGACGGCAGGGCCAAGUGCCAACAUCGAUCUGAAUAAUACGCUGCUGCACACCAAGUACUUCAAUAGACGGCCACAGCCAGUCGCAGGCGCUGGCUCACCAUUCACCUUCUUUGGCUAUCCCAUACCCAGCCUGAGUUUGGGUCGCUUUUUCGGCUUUGGCGAGCGCGGACGCAAACAGCGCACAGAUCAGGAUGAUCCGAUGCCAGCCACACAUCGCAUGGCGCACAUCGAUUUGCCCACUGGGCGGGGAAAGACGCGCAUGUAUCAGCCGAACAGCGCCGAGUUCGAGAAGUACUUGCGGGAGCAGCAGCAGCAACAGCAGCAGCAGCAGGAGCAGACCGUUCCCAGAGCACGGAAUCGCUAUGGAGACACUGAAGUGACCACCAAUUCGGCGGAGGAGGCGUUGAGCAACGAGAGCGGCGCUGCCACAACCGUUGGCGUCUUUCGCACCACAUUCCGUGAGCCGUCGAGCAUUGAACGCGGCGGCUUUCGACCCAUUGUGCCCGCCCAUGUGGGCGGCUUUAUGCCUGUGCAUGAUCCACAACAGCGUCGUGGGCUGGUGGAGCCGGUAAAUGUCACCAGCAAGCCGCAUAUGGAGCGUCAUUUUGUGCCCAUUGCAGUGCGUCAGGAACAGAUACAGGCGCGUCCCAAGCCGACCAGCAGCGCAGAGAGUAUCGAGACGGCCACCUAUGAAGUCACCGAAAUAACGCCCGAUGUGACCACACAGAUGCCAAUUGUGAAGAGCACCAGGCCAAUGACAACUGCACGCACCACCACAAAAGCAACAGCAGCAACAACAACAAGUAGUUCCACAACAACAACCACAACAGACGCGGCAAUAAGCAGUGCAUCCAGCGAGCAACAGGCGGAGGAUUCCCAAUACGAUGAAGAGGAUCUGGAGGCGCAAUCAGUAACGCUUCUGCGUCCGCCGGAACUGUUUCAAACAACAACAGCGGAGACCAUACUGUUGAUACCGCCACCUGAAGAGCAUGUGGCACAAAUUAAAAGUCAUUCCUGGGUAACUACCACAACAACAGAACCGUUCAUUGAUUAUAAAGCCACGCCCAGCAGCGGUCAGGUGACCGCGGAGCCAUCACGAGGAGCGGCAGCGGCACCUGUACGCCCACCCGGUGGCCGUUCAACCAUCACCAAGGUGUUUACAUCACACAAUCAGCAGCAGCCGCUUUUGGCACAACCCACUGCUGAGGAGUAUCAACGCACCACGCCCAGUGCGGACAAUGAGAGCUUUGCAAGCGAGCAGCAGCUAAUUGCCAGGAAGGCACAAAAGCGCACCGACACUCAGCCCGAUGCGCCGCUGGCCGUGGAGCGGGCGGAGCGAAAAGAUGGCAUGGACUGGUACUAUGAAAGCUUCAAAAAGAAACGAGAUUUCACUGAGCACGGCCCAGCGGUGCGUCCAGCUGCCAACCAGGAGGUGGUUUAUGGCAACGUAAUGCCAGAAUUCAGUGGCAGCAUCAGUUGGAAUCAGCCAAGCAACAGGGACAUAAUCUUAACGCUGUUGUUGCUGCUAUGGAGUCGUUGAUGGAGAGGCAAAGUUGUUGGCAGUGUUGAACAGUUAUAUAAGUUGUUUAUAAGUUUAUUUUUACACAUUAUUGAUAUGAACAUUAAACUAUUUUGUAUAAUAAAA